AUGAGUACGAAACGAGAGAUAACUUGUGUUCGUGAUGGUGAGAGAAUGCCUGAAUUUCAUCUUUCCCUAAGGCCACUCUUAAAAAAACAAACACGUGUUCUCGCUGCCGGUAGGCGCCUCCGUGGGCGUCCUAUAGGAUCCAAGAACAAGCCAAAGAUACUUGGCGUAUUAACAGGUGAUAACCGCAACACAUUCAAAUUUCACACAAUUAAGAUCAACGAUGGAGUUGACAUAAUGAAACGUCUAUUUGAUUUUUCUAAGCGUCAAAAGAGGGCCAUUAGCAUAAUUACUGGAAAUGGAGUGGUGGAGAAAGCCAGAUUUCUUCAAUCAAAUGGAGGAAUUACAACUCUUCAUGGAACGUUUAAUAUUCUCUCUAUAUCUGGGAUAAUUCUACCAGCGCCCAAACUAGAGAGUGAAGCCAAAUUAGCAAUUUCCUUAUUGUGA